CUCUAUUCUGUCAUGUGACAUGCAUAAAGACCUGUAUCAUAUUGUUUAACCAUAGAUGUUCUGUCGACAGUUAAUUUCCUUUCCUUAACUUUCUUCUAAAUAUAGUUCCAUACUGUGCGACAUGGUACUGAAUGAUCGUAAGUACACGUGUAGUGUCUCUAUAUGUGGGUCGUUAUGGUAGGAAUCGCUGACGCCUUCUGGAAGUGAGUACCAACAAACCUGCUUUACGCUUCAAAUUCAUUAACUCGAGCAGAACAUUACUGACGGUUGUGCUUCACGGCGGGUGUCGUCGGGAUCUCAGUGUUCAGAGAUGUCUGCUGUUAUUAGGAAGAUCCUUCACACUGCAGCUGCUCCAGCCGCCAUCGGGCCCUACAGCCAGGCUGUUUUGGUGGACCGUACAAUGUACAUCUCGGGACAGAUCGGCAUGGACGUUGGUGGACAGUUGGUGGUGGGAGGAGUGCAGGCUCAGGCCAAGCAGGCACUCAUUAACAUGGGGGAGAUUCUGAAAGCUGCUGGAUGUGGAUAUGAAAAUGUUGUCAAAACCACAGUGUUGUUGGCAGACAUUAAUGACUUCAAUAAUGUCAACGAUGUUUACAAGCAGUUUUUCAAGAGCAAUUUCCCAGCAAGAGCUGCCUAUCAAGUAGCUGCCCUGCCCAGAGGGGGACUUGUUGAGAUUGAAGCGAUCGCUGUGUUGGGGCCCAUCACGGAUGCCUCCUGACUACAUGAACCCAGCAUGCAUCACAAGUCAUAAGUACAGUUAUAGGAGACAAACCAUAUGCCAGAUUACAAAAUCAGACUUUUAUCCUCCCAUUAAACUAAUAACAGGGAAUUCACUUGUUGCCCUUUUUGCUAAUAUUAUAUAUAAUCUUUCACCAUUACAUAUUCUGUAAUAGCAAUGAUUCAAAGCCAUGUUCAGUUCAACUUUAUUUUUAAACUCGUCAUUUUCACAUUAAAAUCAAAUCACAACACCAAAACAUUACUUAGUUCCAUUUGUUGAGUUUAAUCUGUCAUGUUGGUUGCAAGAAAAUAUAAGCAUACAAUAAAUAAAACCAAAAAGCC